CUGCGGACAUUAUGGAAAAAUUCCCCCUCAAAGGAACCAGCAACCUUCCGAUAUCAUCCGCCGCCACGAAUCAUCCGCUCAGCGUCGAUCACACGUCUUAUCAGUCCGUUGUCAGUAAGACCGGCAAGGGCUCCCCAACACCGACCGGAGCGGAACGAACGGAUAGAACCACCACCUCGCUGACGACGACGCCAGGGGUGCCGGUAUACGAGGCGGACGAGGACGGCAUGAUCGACAUCACACCCGGAAACGGCGGCCUCACCAACCCGAACUACCCCUACCCGUACCCGGUGAACGGUGGCCGCCAGGAUGGUGUUGGCGCGGCCAGCGGCAGUGGAGGUGGCGCAGGAACCGGUAGCGGAGGAACCAGCAUAGGCGGGACAACAGGAGGUGGUGGCCACGAGGGUGGCGGGGUGUCUUCGCCCACGCAUACCCGGUUCGGGCGCGAUUUUCACCAUUCGGAUCAUGAAGAUACAUUAACCGUUUCGUUUUCCGGUAAAAUGGAAGGUAUCUCAUUCGCCGGCAUGACAGACACGAGCGACGACAUUCCUGGCAUUGGCCAGUACGAUGACUUUCACACGAUCGACUGGCAGCGGGACAUCGCCCGGGACAGGAUGCGCCAUCGGUACAUCGUGAAAAAGCGGCAGGAUUCAUUUUGGGAUCUGCUGAAGGGUGCCCAUGAUGCCUGGUCCGGAUGGGUGUGUGUCCUGCUUGUGGGCCUGUUCACGGGUUGCGUCGCGGGUGUGAUCGACAUCGGUGCCAGCUGGAUGACGGAUCUGAAGUUCGGCAUCUGUCCGCAGGCGUUUUGGCUCAAUCGGGAACAGUGCUGUUGGUCGUCGAACGAAACAUCUUUCGAUAGUGGCAAUUGCUCGCAGUGGUACGCGUGGUCCGAGAUCUUCACGUCCUCCCGGGAGGGAUUCGGUGCGUACGUGAUAUCGUACUUCUUCUACAUCAUGUGGGCGAUGUUGUUCGCGCUAUUGGCAGCCUCGCUGGUGCGCAUGUUUGCGCCGUACGCGUGCGGUUCCGGUAUACCGGAGAUCAAGACCAUCCUGUCCGGGUUCAUCAUCCGCAGUUACCUCGGCAAGUGGACACUGAUCAUCAAGUCGGUCGGCAUCAUGCUGUCCGUGUCGGCGGGACUUAGUCUCGGCAAGGAAGGUCCGAUGGUGCACAUUGCGAGCUGCAUCGGAAACAUCCUGUCCUACCUCUUCCCGAAGUAUGGGCGCAACGAGGCGAAAAAGAGGGAGAUCCUGUCUGCAGCGGCCGCCGCUGGUGUAUCUGUUGCGUUCGGUGCCCCAAUAGGUGGGGUCCUGUUCAGCCUGGAGGAGGUUUCGUACUACUUUCCGCUCAAGACGCUGUGGCGAUCGUUCUUCUGUGCGCUGAUCGCCGCUUUUAUCCUGCGCUCGAUCAACCCGUUCGGGAACGAGCACUCGGUGCUGUUCUACGUGGAGUACAACAAGCCGUGGAUCUUUUUCGAGCUUGUACCAUUCAUUGGCCUGGGUAUCAUUGGGGGUAUCAUCGCGACGUUGUUUAUCAAGGCGAACCUUUGGUGGUGCAGAUUCCGUAAAUACAGCAAGCUUGGUCAGUAUCCCGUGUCAGAGGUACUAAUCGUGACAUUUAUUACCGCGGUCAUUGCAUACCCGAAUCCGUACACGCGGAUGAACACCAGCGAGUUGAUCUAUCUACUCUUCAGCCAGUGCGGUAUUUCUAAUCAAGAUCCUCUUUGUGAUUACAAUCGCAACUUUACCGAUGUCAAUUCGGCCAUCGAAAUAGCGGCAGCUGGACCCGGCGUGUAUAAGGCCGUUUGGUUGCUCAUACUAGCGCUGGCGAUGAAGCUGAUCAUGACAAUCUUUACGUUCGGCAUGAAAGUACCUUGCGGUUUGUUCAUACCUUCGUUGGCCCUUGGUGCGAUCACGGGACGCGUAGUUGGAAUCGCGAUGGAACAGCUGGCGUACAAUUAUCCGAAAAUUUGGAUCUUCUCCGGCGAGUGUUCCACUGGGGACGAUUGUAUUACGCCAGGACUCUACGCGAUGGUCGGUGCCGCUGCCGUGCUCGGAGGGGUCACAAGAAUGACUGUGUCCCUUGUGGUUAUUAUGUUCGAGUUGACUGGUGGUGUCCGGUAUAUUGUACCACUGAUGGCGGCUGCCAUGGCCUCCAAAUGGGUUGGAGACGCUCUAGGACGACAGGGUAUAUACGAUGCGCACAUAGCGCUUAACGGGUAUCCGUUCUUGGAUAGCAAGGACGAAUUCCAGUACACAAGCCUAGCGGCAGACGUGAUGCAGCCAAAGCGUAAUGAAACUCUAGCAGUAAUCACUCAGGACUCGAUGACGGUGGAUGACAUCGAGACCCUACUCAAAGAGACUGAACACAACGGCUAUCCGGUGGUUGUGUCUAAGGAGAACCAAUAUUUGGUUGGCUUCGUGUUGCGGAGGGAUCUUAAUUUAGCCUUAGCCAACGCACGACGCAUCAUCGAUGGCAUCACCGGACAGUCGCUGGUGAUAUUUACUUCAGCCCAACCGGUCCAGAAUCUCGGACCGUCACCGUUGAAGCUAAAGAAAAUUCUCGAUAUGGCCCCGAUCACCGUCACCGAUCAGACACCAAUGGAAACGGUUGUCGAUAUGUUCCGCAAAUUGGGUUUGAGGCAAACGUUGGUCACCCACAACGGCCGCCUGCUCGGUGUGAUAACCAAAAAGGACGUCCUGAGACACGUGAAACAAAUGGACAAUGAGGAUCCGAAUACUGUUCUGUUUAACUAAGAGCAUAGCUAUUAAAUGGUAGUCGUUACGCUGGUGCCCCUUCUAUCUUUUCCCUUUGCAACUCACCCUCUACCAUAAUCCUAUGCAGUUCCUGCGCGUUCUAGGUAAAAAAUAACACUCAAAUCAUGUUAGGCUUCCGUGUUUAGACACACCUCUUCCCCCGGCUGUAGCGCGCAUGACGGAUGAUGGGUUUUAUAACCGAAAGCAAAACACAAACCAACAUAAAACUCCUGUAGAUCUAGUGAAAUCUGUGCAAUCCCAAUUUCUCUUCGUACGGUAUUAAUUACUAACUGGUAAAAACACCCUGUCGAUCAAGCAAUAGGCCUUCAACAAUAUCAAUUAUUAGAUGGCAAGAAGAUGUAUGAUUGUUAGUAGAUAUUGAAUCCUUCGGUUUUACAGGACUUCUGGCCGUUGCGGAAUCGGACGCAAAUCGAUGCCGAAUAGAUUCACACCCGAAACAAGGAGGGUUCAUUAUUCUUGCGCUUAUGUUUUACAAAAAACGUAUAUUUAUAUUAUCUCACAUUCAGUAUAUGUUAUUAUCAUGCAGAAAAAAAAACCAGUAUAGUAUAUUUUGUUCGUUUAAUUUCAUUGGUAGACGAAAAAUAGUAUUGCGGGAAAAAGUAGAGUCGUUCUCUCGUUUUGCCCAAUAGUUUUUGAAAUCCGUCUAGUUUUGUGGGCGGUAGGAAUUCUUUUUCUCAUCCAAUACCCGUGAAAUUAUCGGCUCAUUUUCUAUACACAAGUGCAAUCUACCCGACUUGAAUGAAGCCUAACGGCCAGUGCCUAACGAAGGCGUCCGUUUGCGAUACGUCUCCCGAUGUUCGCACGAUACGAUAUCCCGAUAGACAAAUUAUAUUACACGUGUAAAGACCAUCAUCCUCUGCUGGUUGCAGUGGAACGAAAGGAAAGACAACACAAUCGCAAGGAGGAAAGUGCGUGGAAGGGAUAGAGAUUAUGAAAUUGGAUGCGAUAAUUAUAAUAAAAUUGUAUAUUUAUGUA